AUGAAAGAAGCUCUCAACACAGAACGAGAGAAAACUGAUUCAUAUCGAUUGAAAUGGCUUGACCAAAUGAGAAAGAUGGUGUUCAAUAUGGAGGAAGAAAAUGGAGAACCUUUUGAUUGCAGAAUUUGUGAGAUCUGUGCUGCUCCAUACAGAGAAGAUGCGAUGCGAGCGCCACGUGUUCUUCCCUGUGACCACACAAUCUGCACUGAUUGCGCUGGUCAUUUCGUCCAAAAGAAACAAUUCUCUGUCCAUUCGAUCGCCAAAUUUCACAGUUGAAAUAUCAUGGAGUUCAAGGAUUGCCAAAGAAUUUCGCUCUAAUGAAUAUGUAGAAUACUGAAUAAAUUUCUUUGGUUACAAAUGAACUCUAAUAAAAUAUGUUUGAAAGUGUUUAUUACGUC